UUCAAUGACAAAACGUUUUUAAUCUUUAACCAAUCGUUCCUUCAAAUUAUGUACAAUCAUGAGAAUAUAUUUGUUUCUUUAUAUUAUAUUGAAGGAUCUUCGAGUGUCAAGAACCAGUGACAUUAUAUAUAAAUUUAUUGAAACGUCAUGGAUAACGAAGACGGAUUUUAAUUUGGCAUUAAAUGCCACUUUCAAGAAUUCCUUAUGUUGUAAUAUUUAUUUACAUGAUACCACUCUGGAGAUAUCGCACCUGUUUAAAAAAUUCAUUGAUAAUUAUCCUUACGAAUAUUCAUUGAACGCAAAUAUUUAUGAUUGUAAAGGAUAUUUUUUGUUGGGCUCGACGGAGGAAGAAAUUUUGAAUGAUUUGAAGAAAAUUCCAAGUUUUAUAUCCAGCACAGAAAUUCUCAUUAUUGUGAACGAUUAUUUGAAAAUUAAUUCGAGUGUUUUUAACGUGAAGAUUUAUGGAAAUGCCAUUGCUAACGUAAUAAGCAAAUCAGGAAUAUGGAGUUUGUCGGAAAAUUAUUUAUUGCCAAGAAUUUUUCAUAGGGUCGACAACUACGAAAAACUGAAACGCGAUGAUGUAAAGGUGAACUUUUAUGGGAGACAAUUAAGAGCGUCAACAUUUUAUCGGCCACCCGUGUCUUAUUUAAAUCGUACAACCGUAAAAAUUAUUGAUGACGUCGAAGAAGAAAUAUUUGACGCUGACAACGAACUCGAGAGGGAUGGUAUCGAGAUGAAGCUAUUCUUACUGAUGGCAGAAAAAUUGAAUUUCACUUGGAUCAUUAAAAAAUCAAAAGAUGGAUACGGAAAGAGAUACAACGAGACUGUAUGGAAAGGUGGAUUCGUAAAACUCUUGUAUGACAAUAAGAUCGAUAUUGCGUUUGCUGGUAUAUGGUUAAACAGGAAUAAUUAUGAUUUCGUCCAUUUAACGGAUCCUUGGUAUCAAGUACAUAUACAUUUUUUGGUACCACGUCCAAAACCAAUAACCAGUUUCUGGGCUUUAACUAGACCUUUCUCGGUAACUACAUGGAUCCUUCUUGUCCUAGCAAUAUUCUUACAAAGCAUUUGCAUAUUUACUCACGCUCAAUUCAAUCCACGAUAUCCGGAACGCUUUCGAAAUUUUUUAAUAACUUUCAUCGAAUUGACCGGUCGUUUAUUGGGUUCUUGGGCACCAAAAAAUAUGAUUAGCGUCAAACUACAAUUAUAUCUUUGGCAAACAAUGGGAUUGAUACUCGUCACUGCUUAUAGCAGUAGUCUCGCAGCUAAAUUAACUAACUCCGAGUAUGAAAAUAGGAUCGACACGAUAAAACAAUUUCUCGAAGCUAAAUUAAUCUGGGGAAGAAAAAUUAUCCCAUCUUUCACAGAUUUCAUCGACUACGAAGAUCCUUAUUCAUCUCAGUUGCCGAAUACAUAUAAAUUUAUUAAAACUGAGGAAAUCCAUGAAAAUAUUGUUAAAGGCAAUCUCGCUAUAAUUGGAAAUUUCGUUGGGUCCGUUUUCUUCCCCGAUGAUGAAAUUUAUAAUAUGGAUCUUAAAAAUUAUCGGAUGAUGAAAGAAAUGAUUGGAAAAUUUUAUGCAUCUUUUGUUGCUCAACCUUGGCUCAUCUCACCAAUAAAUGGGAUGAUGUUACGAUUAAGGGAAUCCGGGAUCAUUACUUUUCAUUUGCAGGAUGUUUUACGACGACGUGCUGGUUUUAAUCUUCGGGAAGUUCUCGUAGAAUACGAUGGAAAGGAUGGAAGAUUGAGAGUACUCACUUUAAUACCUUUAGGAGCUGCUUUUUUUUUGCUUUUACUUGGAUUAUCGAUAUCGACUCUCGUAUUUUAUUUAGAACUUAAGUAUAAGAAUGAUUCCAAAUCGAUUCGCGAGAUUUUACGUGAUAUCGAUCAAAAACGGAGAUCUUACUCGACAACGACUAGCAAAAAAUAAUUAUAGUCUGAUGGUAUCUGAUGUAUUAAAUAUAAAACAAUUACUAUUACAUAAUCUUUAAUAAUAAUUGAGCCGAUAAGUAUGAAUUAAUUCAUCAAAUAUAUCAAAAUAAUAUAUUUUUCAUUUUGAGAUAUUUUGACAUUUGGAUUUGAAUUAUUUAAAAAUUAUUUAUUUAUCUAUACCGACAAAUAAAGAAAGUAAGUAUAAUUAUUCUUAAGAAAUAUAAUUCUUUUAUAUAAUUUUAAAAUAUUAAAAAUAACGCGCGCACGUGUGUGUGUUUGUGUUUAUGUGUGACAAAAUAUGUUAUUUAAUAUCUCAGACUUGAACCAUUUUCAUAAACAUCGGCUCAAUGGAUGUAACAUUAUGUAACUAUAUUACAAAUAUAGUUUCAUAGAACGAA